UGUAUAUAAUUCAAAGUCAGUCACACGUCUGUGGACCUGAUACUUCCAGACCAGAAGAGGUCUGUAAGUACUAUUAUUACUUCCAUAAGUAUUAUCAGGACCUCAUGAUGUGUGUGGAGCCUCAAUGUAAAACGGGGACGUACGUCCACAUGUGUCUCCUGGCAGCUGCACAGCCAUCGGUCACAUUUGGAGCCCAGUUCUACCGAUUAAUUGGUCCACCUUCAGGUCUGAGUCUGUCUGAGUUCAGGUUCAGGACCCCUUGAUGAUGAAGAUGUUGCACUUCUUUACUUAUUGUUUAUUUCAGGGCAGCAGAAAGUUUCAGGAUCGGGAACUCUCUUUGAUUCACAGUCCUGUUUGUCUCGUCAUGUUUCAGGAGGGGGUCACCAUGUUGAGUUUGGGGGGGGCGGUGAGGUCAGGCAUCCUGCAGCGUCCUGUACGACUCUCAGGAGUCGGGUCGCUGUCAGGACUCGGGAUGCCGUCAGGUAUCAGGAUGCUCUCAAGAGUCGGGAUGCCGUCAGGACUCGUGUUGCCGUCAGGAGCCGGUUUGCCAUCAGGUAUCAGGACACUCUCAGGUAUCAGGACACUCUCAGGACUCGGGAGGCUGUCAGCAGUCAGGAGGCUUUCAGGUGGUGCAGGUGCAGCCGGCUGGUACAGCAGCCUCUCGGACUCGGCUCCGGUUCACCUGUGUGAACACUUUUUGGUGAGCGUGCAUCAAGUGAGCGGGCUGCCAUGGUGGCUGAGCAUCAUCGUUGCUACUCUGUCAGUCAGGACGCUCAUCACUCUGCCGCUCGCCACUUACCAGAUGGUCGUUAUCGCCAAGGUGGAGGCGCUGCAGGCGGAGAUCUCGGAGCUGGCGAAGAGGCUUCGAUACGAAGUUUCAUUCCGAGCGGAAGAGAAAGGCUGGACGGAGAAACAGAGCCGGUUCCAAUUCAAGAAGAAUCUGCGUCGAAUUGUUUCUCAGCUCUACAUCAGAGACAACUGUCACCCCUUCAAAGCCAGUCUGCUGGUCUGGGUUCAGCUGCCCCUGUGGAUCAGCCUUUCUCUGGCCCUCCGAAACCUGAGUCUGGAUCAGUCCGUUCUGCAGGCUGAUCUGGCAGCAGGAGGCGCCCUAUGGUUCCCUGACCUCACCUUACCUGACCCCACCUGGAUCCUACCUAUCUGUCUUGGACUCACCAACCUGCUCAUCGUAGAGGUGUUUUCUCUUCAGAGAGUCAACCCGUCUCGUUUUCAGAAGGUUGUGACGAACUCCAUCAGAGCGUUCUCGGUGUUGAUGAUUCCCAUCGCUGCUACAGUUCCUUCAGUAAGUUAGAGGGUCACUUUGGUAUUGUUACACCUGGACCUCCCCAUGGUUUUUGUCUAGGUGACUAAUGGGGACCAUAAUAAUCCGGCGUUGCUGGAGUGCGCUACAGACGGCAGGUUAACGGCUGUAAUGUGAUUCCACCUCCACUAAACAUGCUGACUGGCAGUCAGACAGACAACAUUAUGAAACACUUUUCUUUGUUAUUGAGUCAUGUGACACGUCGUCUGAAGACGGUCAUAAGUGAGUGAGAGUUGGAGAGAGGCCACGGGACACCAGAGUUCAGAAAGCAAGCUCAGGGUUAUCGAAAAGAUUUCAAUCAAUAUUUAGCUGAUUUCAGAACGAGACUUCUCUGAGCGAGACACACAAUAGCGAACAGACCGGAUUAAAGGAAAGGUAAAGAACA